AUACCUUAAACGUUGGUCUAUGGCUUUCAUACAAGUAGUUGACGUUUUGUUUAGUAAUUGUUCAUUUGUGUUGUGAAUCUUCUUUGAUAAGCAUCUUUGACACCAAAUUAUAUAUUCAAUUUGCUUAAUAAAUCAGACCUAUCUUAUUGACUAUUAUUAUAAAGUGAAUCAUUAUUUAAUAUUUUAAGGCAAAUCAUAAUUUGCUAACAAUGUGUUCACUGGCGACACAAAGUUCUUCAUUAUAUGUGUUACCACACAAUCAAAAUCAGAAUCAAAUUCUAUCCAGAAUUACAAAAGCCACAAACUCUGAUAUCUUAUAUACUGACGGUUGGCAGACCUCAGGAUCACAUAUAUACCCAUCAAACAUAUCAUCCCUAUUGCCAGUCUCUGGUGACUCUCAAGACAUCCAUUCAUCCAUUUAUUAUGAAUCAAAUGGAAGUACUAAUAAUGGAGAUAAUCGUUUGGCGCCUAUAGAUCACAAUGGCUAUGAACUCAAUACUAUAUAUAAUCCGUCCACUAUUGUCGUUCCGUCGGGUAUCGGUGCAGCUCUUAUAUCAUCGAUGGCAACCUUAGCCAAUGGAAGUGAAGUGAUGCCAGAAAUGGCGUGUUCUGUAGCUUAUGCUUCAGAUAUCAAUGAUAUGGUUUAUGUCAAUAACGGUUCCACUCAUAUAUCACCACAAAACGGGUCCGAAUAUAUGGUAAACGAAUAUUUAUCUGAAGAAGACAUGCAUUUAAUAGAGAUGUCAAACGUUGCGAACCAAUCUGUAUCUAAUUAUCACUUACCAUCCCAUCACUACAAUCAACAUCACAAUCAAACUAUGGUUACCAACAAUAAUGAAGAUAUUAUGGAUGCGAGCAGUGAUUCUGCCGUUUCUUCCAUGAGUUCUGAAAGGAUUCAAUCGCUUUCAGAUAACGAAUGGAUAGACACGUGCUCUGAAACCUCGUCACAUAACGGCGAUCCCCAUCACAGCGAUUAUAGUACACGUAUGGCAUCCAAUGGCUAUCGCAUUCAAUGUAAUACUAAUAGUGCACAAAAAAAGUAUAAAUUAUUUGGUCGGAAGAUUGAAUGCAAAGAAGAACCAUAUGAAAGACCACUGGACGUAAACCAACACAACCAACAACAACAGCACAGUCAUCCUCAUCCCCAUCAACUGAACAGUAAUAACCCGACAUAUUCUGAUGCUUUCACUAGUGGUUUGUCUGACAAUUAUGGUUACCAAGAGUUGUCACAACAAACUCAACAAAAUCACAAUUUAUUAAUAAAUGGACAGCCAGUUUCAUCUGUUAUCCAUAAUCACGCUUAUCAUAUAUCGAAUGUACAUAACCCUGAGCUCAGUAGUAUUGCUUCAGUGGCUAACAUGGAUGCCAUGGCUGCUAUUCACCAACAAUGGCUUAACACAAAAAAUAGUUUAAAUAAUGACAGCAAUGGUAACAAUAAUCGUCAGCGAAAGUUAAGCUUAGAAAGUGAUGGCUUUACCAGUGAAAUGGAUCAACAGCUCAAUAGAGACGAGAAAAGGGCCAAAGCUUUGAAAAUUCCGAUCCCAACCCUUGAUAUCAUUAAUCUACCGAUUGAUGAAUUCAAUGAAAGAUUAGCCAAAUAUGAGUUAAAUGAGGCACAGCUUUCACUUAUUAGAGAUAUUCGUAGACGAGGUAAGAACAAAGUCGCCGCACAGAACUGUCGAAAACGCAAAUUGGAUCAAAUACUGGGUCUUCAGCACGAAGUGGACAAUAUGUUUGUACAAAAACAUUCAUUAGAGUCACUUAAUGACCAGCUUUUGAUGUUACGAGAUAUGGCUCGUGAAAAGUAUUCAAAACUCUAUCACUUUAUUCUGGAGGUAUCGACUCCGCAACCAUCACAUUAUGAAUCAUCUGUUCCACUCCCGGAUUACCCGAACCGACAAUACGAGCAAAAUAUGGAUUCAUUGGAAAGACACGAAUCAUUGAUUGUCACUAAUUGUGAAACCAAUUCCGAGACAAAGAGUAACACAAUAACUGAAAUGCAAAUCAAUUUCCAAAAUGAAAAUAUCGAUAAAAAUGUUUAG